AUGAAGCCCGCUACGGAACUCACAAUUUCACUCUCAGUCGUCUUCGGCACCAUCGCGCUCUUCCUCGUCGUCGCAGCGUCGCGCUUCGCAUACCGGCGCCACAAGCGAGGCCGAAGCGUUCCCGUCGAUCCUGUCUACGAGGAAUGCAAAGUCAGGGCUGCGGGACAAGGAGAAGGUGUCGCACCUUCACCGGCGCAGGAGAGGUGGUUCGGCGGGUCUUGGGGAGUUACGCCGGUUGCUCAAGCGGGUCCGAAUGGUACCGCUGAUCGGCUGACCUGGACGUACGACGCAGGAUGGUCGCGCUCAGACGCCGACGGGACCUUCCAUUCCUCCGCCUACGGAUCCGUCAACUCAGCAAACCCCGACGCGUCCACAGUUUCCUCCUCAACGACUUCCGGCUGGAUCCGCGAGUCGCACUUCUCGCGAGCGUCACGCGCGAGUCGCCGAGCCGAGAAGGAGGCAAAGAAGAAGGACAAGAAGAAGCCGCGAGUGUCGAAGACGAGCGAGUUUGGCGCGUUCGAGAAGGAUGCGGGGACGAAGGACGAUGCGAGCGAUGAGGGCGAGAAGCAGACGAUUCUCGAGGGCGACGAGGCGGCUGGGCAAGGUGGAGAUACGGUCAAGCGCUAG